AUGAGCUGCCAGGGUUUCCUUCGUGCCAGCGAGGCCUUGGGCUCCCACACCCACCAGGGCCCUGCCCCCGGCUCUGGGAACCCCAAGGUCCAGCACGGGGGGGAGGGGCACCUCACACCGUCCAGGGCCCUGAAGGUCACCCUGCGAGGUGCUGGGGAGGCAGCAGGUGCAGCUCCCCCGGCCCCGGGCGCUCUGCCCCAGGGCUGCCCCAAGCUCAGAGGUGGUGCCGGCUCUCGUCACCCUGCCCCCAGGAUGUCCAGCUUCUACCUCAAAACCUCAAGCAAAUCAAUUGGGCUUAGGGAAAGUUUAGGCCCCCGGGGAGGCCCUGUGGGGGCCCUCACCCUGACAGCUCUGGCUGAGGGGAUCCAGGCCAACCAGGGGCAGCCCACUGGACCCCCUCCCCAGGGCCCUCAGCCCCAACCUGAGCUCCAACCUGAGGCAGAGCCUGGAGGUGUAGUCGCAGCCACCCCCACAGCUGCCGGGGAGACCCACUCCCCUCCCCAUGGGCAGGAGCCAGCCCCUGAGGGGGCCCAUCAGGCCCCCCAGAGCUCCUGGGAGGAGGGGGCCCUCUCUGACCUGGCGCUGUACAUGGCGGCCUGCCUGGAAGAGGCUGGCCUUUCAGGGACACAGGCGACAGCGCUCACUCUAUCCUCAGCCCUGGAAGCCCGGGGGCAGCGGCUGGAGGACCAGGUGCACGCCCUGGUGCUGGGGCUGCUGGCUCAGGUGCCCAGCCUGGCCGAGGGGAGGCCCCGGCGAGCGGCCUUGCGGGUGCUGAGCUCGCUGGCCCUGGAGCACGCUCGGGACGUGGUGGGCGCGCUGCUGCCCUGCUCACUGCCCCCGGACCGGGCCGCCGCCGAGCUGUGGCGCAGCCUGAGCCGGAACCAGCGUGUGAACGGGCAGGUGCUGGUGCAGCUGCUGUGGGCGCUGAAGGGCAGGGCGGGACCCCAUCCUGGGCCUCCUGCCUGGGCUGGUCCAACCCUCGUGCUGGCCACACCCAAGUCACCUCUGCCCCUGUGUGGACCCCUCCCCCACCGCGCCCCCCCUCCCCCGUUCCAGAGCUCAGAGUGGACGCUGGUGCGCUGUGACCGGGCCCUGCGCUGGGGCCUGCUGGAGGAGAUGGUCACUGUGGCCCACUACGACAGCCCCGAGGCCCUGAGUCGCAUCUGCCACCGCCUGGUUCAGUGGUACCCGAGUCAUGUGCCCAGCUUCCUGAGCCAGACCCAGGGCUACCUGCGGAGCCCACAGGACCCCCUGCGCCGGGCGGCGGCUGUGCUCAUAGGCUUCCUUGUCCAUCACAGCAGCCCCAGCCGCUUCAGCCAGGACCUGCUGGACUCCCUGUUCCAGGACCUGGGGCACACGCUGGGGAGGGGCCAAGGCUCCAGCCGCGUGUGGUCACUCCCAAGAGGCCAGGUCAGCACAGGGCAGACCCUCCUCAGCCCCACGGUGUGA